UUCAGAGAAACAGUCGUGGUUUCCUCAAAACUAGCUUCAUGGCUAAAUAUCUCUAAUAACACAGUUUAAAACUUUGCUCCAUAAGGCAGGCGAUUACUAAUUCACAGUUAAAGCAAAACCUUUUAUGCGGUUAUGACUUGACUUCGGUGUCGGCAGUGACUGAGCUCAACGGUUAACGUUUUUAUAUCUCCGCAUCACUUAAUACAAGUGUCUGGACUGAGCAAGAUGCUAGCGUGUGUCGUUAGCAAACCACUGCAGGAAAUUAGCUCGUAAGCUUAGACGGCCUGCCAAGUGUUAUUAUGAGGCUUACUUUUUCCUCUUUAUGCUCACACACGAUUUAAAUAAGCUCUGCGUAAUGGACACCGAGGCAAUAGUGAUCCGUAUAAAAACGCCAUCAGGGGACAUGGACUCGUCCGUCGACUGUCCAUCUCUUCUGAACUUCAAUGACUUGCUGGUCGCAAUCAGAGAUGUCAUGCCUGAAGCCACUGUGACAGCCUUUGAAUAUGAAGAUGAGGUGGGAGACAGAAUCACUGUAAGAAGUGAUGAAGAACUCAAAGCCAUGUUGUCAUAUUACUUUAACACAAUGAACGAACAACGCAUGAAUGGACUGCUGCCAGACCCUCUACAGAUUUUUCCACGAGCCGGCAAGACUCCAGGGAUCCGGAACAUACAUGGCCUGAAGGUUAAUACAAGACCUAACCCAGCGAAUGACUGCACUCAUGCUGUCCCAGACUCCAUGGCCAACAACAGCUUAAAAAAAUCAUCCGCUGAGCUGAAGAAGAUCUUGACAAAUGGGCAGAUAAAUGCCCAAGAUAUCAACUAUCAAGAGCAGCUUGGCCAUGGAAACGGAGGCACAGUUUACAAAGCAUACCAUCUUCUUGGCAAGCGGGUUUUAGCUGUCAAGGUCAUUCCCCUGGAUAUCACGGUGGAAUUACAGAAGCAGAUCAUGUCAGAAUUAGAAAUUCUCUACAAGUGUGAUUCACCCUACAUCAUCACUUUCUUCAGUGCCUUUUUUGUAGAGAACAGGAUAUCAAUAUGCACAGAAUUUAUGGACGGUGGCUCUCUGGACGUGUACAAAAGAAUUCCAGAGCAUGUGCUGGGGAGGAUCGCACUAGCAGUAGUCAAAGGCCUGACAUAUCUGUGGAGCCUGAAGAUACUUCACAGAGAUGUCAAGCCUUCCAAUAUGCUGGUGAACACCCGGGGACAAGUCAAGCUCUGUGACUUUGGUGUCAGCACACAGUUGGUGAAUUCUAUUGCCAAAACGUAUGUGGGAACUAACGCAUACAUGGCGCCAGAGAGGAUAUCAGGAGAACAAUACGGUAUCCAUGCAGACGUAUGGAGUGUGGGAAUCUCUUUCAUGGAGCUGGCGCUAGGCAUGUUCCCCUAUCCACAGAUUCAGAAAAACCAAGGAUCUUUAAUGCCUCUCCAGUUACUGCAAUGCAUCGUUGAUGAGGAUCCUCCAGUUCUUCCUGUCGGCCAGUUCAGUGAGAAGUUUGUCCACUUCAUCACUCAGUGUAUGCGGCGGCAACCCAAAGAGAGGCCUGCCCCUAAUAACCUCAUGGACCAUUCCUUCAUCAUACAGUAUAAUGAUGGUAAUGCAGAGGUGGUGUCGAUGUGGGUGUGUCGCUGUCUGGAGGAGAGACGAGCUCAGCAGGCCCAGGGACACGUUUGACGUCCUCCUGCUGUACACCCAUGAUGUACCCGGAUGUUUGAUCCCAAACCUUGAACAUUUAUCAAAGGCUUCAGGGUCAAGUACAUCCACACACACUGUACAAGUGACUUGUUGUACAUGGACAAAUCACUAGAUGUUAAUUACUUUAUGUGAGUGUGUAUUUCUCACAUGAAGUAUUUAUGUGUCAUACGCCGUGACAUUGAGGAGCUCACGUCCUUUGAGCUAUGCACCCAAAAGUGCACAGAAAUCUGCGCUUUCUUUCCAUCAUGGAUUUCCAUCCGCAGCUUUGUCUCCACUUUUUUCAAGAGUAUACAGAAACGACACAGUCCAAUGAAUGGAGAUACAGUAACCGGUCCUGAUUUAAAGGAUCAGUGACAGUAAACAACUGCGUGCUCUGUUUUGAGGAUGGUAUCUCAAAUAACCGUGUUGUGCUUUACUGUUGACAGCCCUCUAGUGAAUGUUAAGGUUUUUGCCUAUGAGUAACUGCCUGUGUGUGUGCCUGUUAUUCCAGUGGUGUCAUUCAUUACCUCAGCAAACUUAGGUUGUCACUGUAAUAGAAAAACUUCCCCUCAAAAAUGUACCUGGUCUUGAUACCCGGAUUAGAACAUUUGUAUCCAGUUAUUCCGUAAUAUUGUGAAGUUGGCUUAUUAACUGGAUACAAAGCUCUGUCUUUAGGGGUGUUUCGGUGAACAACAAGCCUGCAGUGUUAGCGUGGAAUGAAAUGUUGACACACACCUUUUCUCGAAGCUUACUGACCAAACAAUUUAUUGUUCACACAACGGGAGGAACAAAGGGUAUUUUUCCGCUCAAACCACUUUUUAACUCUGGUGCACAUCUUUUAUUUCCGUUUGCACAUACAAGCCUGAUGUUGAAUGCCACUGACUGAACAGUUUUGAAGGGACAUUGUGCUGGGGCAGUUCUCCAUUUUCAUUAAUCCCCCCACCCCCAUUAAGAAAAAGACAAACUUUGGAAGGUUGGAACAAAAACAGUGCACUUAAGGGUCAUUUUCAGGUUCAUACUUUUAUUUUGGGUUUCUACUAGAAAAUGUUUACAUGCUUUUUGUCAUACUGUCCUUUGCUUGAGCACCUCUUUUCACCCUCUAUCUGAACACUCCGUUUUAGCUCCCGUCUCUUUAAGGCCACCCUCCCUAAAAGCCCACUUUCUUCUGAUUGGCCAACUACUGGAAGUCUGCUAAGGGGCAGAACUAGCUGACACACCACUGAAUCAAAGUGUCGAGAUGUCGAAGUCUGGCUGGGCCUCAGUGAUUACAGUACAAAAACACAACUUUAUUUACUGAUUUUGGUCAGCGAUGGAAUACAUGUUGUGUUGGAAAAACAAGUUGGAUGGGGGGGGCAUGGCUGAGAGCGGUGUAUUCAGUAGGCGUUUAGUGGGCAGGGCUGUCUACUGUGUUGAAGGGCUGGAGGAGGUCCUAUGCUAUACAGAGCCCUCCAUGAUAUCAUAAAAGGAGCCAAAUUCAAACAGCAUAUUUGCACACACAUUUACUGAAAGACUGAGAGAGGAUGUUUUUUUUUUUUUAUAGUUUGGGGUCUUUAGACACAGCGGGGGACACAUUUAUGAUGAAAAGACAUGAAAAAAAAUAUGGGACCUUUAACACCAAAGACCAUUGACAACCCGAAUGGUGAGUUAUCUGGAUUUGUCAUAACUGAGGCAGACAUAAUGGGUUAAGUGACUAAAAUGAAAUGCUUCUACAAGGUCUUUAUUUGCAGCUGCUGAAAUGUGCAGAGCUCAAGUGCAAUUAAUUUCCAUUACUUCCACAAAGGCACAGUGACAUGAUGUGUGCAGUGUGAGCAUCGCUGGAAACGAAUGUAACAGUAUAUCAGCACAAUAGAGAAUGCUUUAAGGAGCUGGAGAAGGCUUUAAGGAUCUAUAUGUAAGAAUUUAGGUUUUAAAAUUAAAUAAAAUUAUCAACAGAAUGUGAAUAAAUCACAGUUAUGACAUGUCAAAUUGUAUUAUAUCGCAGCAAUAUAUAGCAUAGCAUGCUAACCAGCUAGCCCUGUCUCAUCCUGUCUCCUAAUACCACUUUAUACAUCAAGAUGUGACAAUGAGUGACUGUACCUUCCAGUCCACACUCAGUCCAACAACUGAGGUGUUGUCGGACUGUUGGACCAGAGUCCUGGUCAGAGCCACUGUAUUCUCUGUCUGACCUCCGUCAGUCUCAGAGGCUGUGUUUGGUCCUAGUCUACCUGGGACACUGCUGAGCCCGGUUCCCUUGCCCGCACGCACAGUUCCAGUUCCGGUGCCCAUUCCGGUGUCACUCCCCUGCCAGCGUUCCCUGCUGGGUCCCCCUUAUCCAGGGUGUGAAAACCUCCACCUCUCGGCGGUCCAGAGCUCCUGUGCUAGAGGUGUAAACAUUCUCCGGUGCUCCAAACUCCUGGUCCAGGCAGAGUCAGCGAGCAAGAGGACCGCUAGUUGCACAGCUAAUUAGCUAACUGCUGCUAGCGGUUACUCUGGUGAAAUGCUUCUCUGUAUUUGUUUGGAGUAGGAAGUUAAUACAGUUGUAGUACAAUUCAGUACAAUUGUACACUGUUCAAUUUGUUUUCACAUGGGUUGUAGAUUUUAGUCACUGGCCUUUUGACCGUAAAUUAUCUGAGACUGAGAACACAUUUGUUGUUUGUAGAACAAUCAAACAACAUGUCAUACAUAAUUUGGGAACUCUAAAAGAUUUUUACAUGAGCAUUUGGAUUGUCAAGCAUCUUAUUUCCAGAUUGGCUGUUCAUUUAGCAUAUAUGCUACUUCAGUGAUUUUACUUUUCAUUAGAAAUUACCCCACUCUGGACAGGAAAUUAACAAUAUACUGUAUGUGCGGGGGAAAUCCCAGGCUGUGUUCCAGCUUAUUCUACAAACUAUUUCUAAGCAGGGUUGAGUAUGGAGUGCAUGUAUGUAUACAUGUAUUUUUGUGGUGUUGGUGGACACCACAACACCACUUGAAAGCAAAUUCAAGACAGCAAUGUGGCAGCUCCAUAGACAUCUAGAAUAGAAAAAAUCAAAUUUGACCAAAAAUAUGUUUUAACUGAAAGUCAACACAGCUGUAAGUGUUUCCAGAUCUAGGAGGGCCAUGAUAUGGAAUUGAAAGAUUUGGUAUACGGUUUCCAAGAUCAAGAAUGAACAUUUACUCUUUGGACAGACUAAUCAACAUCAAUCUGUGAACACGUUGUAUCAUUUCAUAUUCGUACAAAAAAUUAAAUACAAAAUUGUCUUGAAUACUAAAUGCAAAACAGUGUACCAUGACAGUUACAUAGUGCAUGGUAUCAGUACAGUCUGUAGGGCCUCCCCAAUCCGGUGGUAACUGCUCCUUAUUGCAAUGUGAUUAGUCAAAGCAGUUUAAUGUUACGAUGUGGGAGGGAAACUUCUCAUGGUGCCUUCUUGUAGUUGCGCACAUUUUUUUGUGAUUUGUGAUCCCAGAAUACAUUAAAUUACAUUUUUAUGGAAUUCUUUUCCAUAUCCAACAAUUAGUUAUUGUUAAUAAACAUUGAUUAUUUCAAUGUACAGACAACAUGUUUGUUAAUGGAAUCAGUGGAGCCGCUCCUGUGUCAUGAACCCAUUUUAUUAGUGCCAUUAUUUGCCUCAGAAACCUGAAAAUGAGGCACAGCCUUUUUACUUCUAUGUAUAUAAAUAUACUUUUACCUUAACUUUGGGAAUGAUGUCUGUGCAAGUUGCCAUUCUUUUUCAUGACAUUUUGAUAAGUGGUGAAACUCCAAAUUUGAAGAUGUUCCAGUCGCUGAAAUACAUCAAUAUAGAUUUUCCAGCGGUUGCACACUGACUAGAAUAUGUAUUCUGCUUGCACAUAUAUUGUUAAUUAUAUACAUCUAACUGUCACUUUGGGAAAGUCAAGUUCCACCUGUAACACAUCCAUCUUACAUUAAGUUGGCCUUAAAUGUAACUGAAGCUAUAAAUACUAGUAAACUAUUAAAUAAGUGUGAAAUGAGAAGAGUGUGCAAUGGCCACUGGCUACCGAUGAACACUCAUGUUAAUGUAUUCCUGCAACUCGGAUGAAACCAAAAAAAAGCUCAGACACACAUUUGAAUUUUAAAUAUGAAUCUACAGUAGCAGUAGAAAUAUCUAUUCUUUAUCUAUUUAUUUUUUACUUUUCAGCUUGCUUCCAACAGAGAUCACCUCUUGUGACUCUAAAAUUUUUCCUGUUUUAUUGCCUAAACCACGAAAGCCAGUGAUGGGACUAGCAGAAAUAUUUAUGCUGUGAUAUUACUGGCUGAUUAUGGCCUUUUCUGUAAUAAUCUGUGUUGGCACAUAUUCCAACCAUAAUGCACAAAUAACAAUAAAAGUAUUUAAACAUAA